GGUAGUAUUUCCGUGUGGAUGCUCUGAUAGUGCUGCUUCGCCCGCGCUCCCCGAAAAUCAGAAGCGAAACGCGCGCGGGAGGACACGAGGAGCGGCGCUGGGAAGCACAGCAGGCCUCGACGGCGGCGGCGCAGGGUUGAGAAUAAGAAACAGUGACCUGUCCCACCUGGCGCAAAUGCCUUGUUACUACGAUGUUGCCGACAUCCUCAUGGAGGAGGAGCUUAUUUCGGUUGUUUUCCAAGUAACUGCAAAUGGCGUUGGUCUGCUAGAUCCUGGUGCCGAGAGAAACAGUGUUGAAAAGGGUGCUAAAGUAGACCUUCCAUUUUGGCUUGCGCAUGGAAUGCUGUCUCUGGAACAAGCGGUGUCAAUAAAUGUCCCUCCUUGCUUCACCCAGAAAACUCGGAAGGAGAUCCAAGCUGAUGCAGCCUGUGUUGAUUUGAGGGUUCGGUGCCCUUACUUUUAUGAGCUUGGAUGCAAGAUUGUUCCUCUGGUGGGUGACAAGAGCAUUGGCCAGUUCUUGCGCUACGCGUUCACCAGUAGGUACAAGGAGAUACUAAGCAAGGCACACAGCUCUUCGACGAUGACAGUGCCCAAGUUCGCAACACGCCUUACAAAAGAAGAAGCUCAAGUGUUUGAAUCUGCUAGGGAGUCGAUGUCCGCCUUCAGGAAGUGGCGCGUCCGGGGUGCGAGGCUGCAGAAGGCGUCCAUUCUUGGAAGGAAGAGGAAGACAAAGUUGCCUGACGGGCCUUCGACGCCCUGAACUGUUUUUACUGUGGAGCGCAGUGCCUGGGCGGGAGAGGGCCAAUGUUUGCACACUGAUCGAUCUGGUACUGUAAAUGUAUGGAACAGAAAAAGCGCGAAAGGCAGUUGUGAUCUGCGAUCAGACGUCGGCGCACCUGAUAUGUUUGUUUGAAUACUCGUAUCUUCAAUUUGUCAGUUGGACACACCUUAAUUGGAGUAAGAGGCUGGGGUUCGCCUCCUGGGUUGGCCAUCUCA